GCUGUCGGACAGUGUAAACAGCUGAGAGAUGUACCCCGUAGCACGCACAUUCCCUCCGUUUGGCUUGUCUCACGCACCGUUGAGGAUACUGCCGUCAGCCCUCCUGUCUAACAGCGCGGGGCAUUGCAAUCAAUGUCUUGAGAGUCCUCAUCCUCACUUGCACCCAACAAAACAAAUUCGAUCUAUCCAACUCAGUAGGACGACAACCACAUCUUAACAUUCCCAGGCACUUUUUGAAGUAAUCUGGGGAGUUGCCACGCCCUACGUAUCACGAGUGCCUUCGACGGCGAUGGGAUCAUUCCUCAAGAUGAAUAACAUACACGCCCCAACAGUGCCUUCAGGCCCGACUAGCAAUGCGACGGCCAACGGCCAUUUCGGCCGUCUCACAUUCGUGGAACUCCAGAAGAAAAAAGAUGACGUGGAGGCUGAGCUGAAGGCUCUCGGCGCGGUUCUCGAUUCUCAUGGGGCCGACAUGAACACCCCCCUUACGACUCGAGACGGCUUCCCGAGAGCGGACAUCGAUGUUGCUCAAGUACGUACGACGAGAGCCCGUAUCAUCCAUCUGAGAAACGAUUACAAAAGUCUCAUGGCCGUGAUUGAGAAGCAUCUUCACGAUCACUUUGCCAGCUUACAAGAAGACGAUAUCACCGCAGUUCGAUCUUCCGGGGAUGCCAGCCUUCUGGCGGAUCACUCCGCACCUCGGCCGCUGGAGCCCUUCGCCAAGGUCAACAGUGUUGUCCCAGGAAGUCCAGCUGAGACAGCGGGUCUGAAGCCAGGCGAUGAAAUCAGCAGUUUUGGAUAUGUCAACCUUUCAAACCAUGACAACCUGACGAAGGUGGGCGAGUGUGUUCAAGGGAACGAAGGUCGACCGAUCUUGGUCAAAGUAUCGCGGCACAGUUCAGGUACGCGCCGGGAAAUGCAACUUACAUUGACGCCAAGACGCAGCUGGGGUGGCAGAGGUCUACUGGGCUGUCAUAUUCUGCCUCUGUAACGAUGACAAUCUAUUUCCAGCCAUAUAGGUUGCAAUUUCGCGGGCCUCAAGUGCAUGAAAGCGGAGUACUAUGCCCAACAAACGCAUCUACUUCCAUAAUUGUUGGCCGAAUCGCUAGACUAACUUGUUCCACCAUCAACUGAUAAAUGAAGGUUUAGAUCGUCGCUUAUCGGAAUCACGUUUUUGUUCGACAGGUUUCUCUGGGGUUGACAAUUCAGAACCAACAAACAGGAGCAAGGAAACAAUAAUAAAACCAAAAAGUAAAAGUUGAAAAAUGAGAAGAAACCCCUUAUAAAGAUAUAGAUAACGGUUUCUAGCCAACCCAAUCGACUACCUAGGUUGACAGAACUGUUAGGCAGAAGACAACCCAUUCUGCCUACUGGUGGGCAGCUAAUGAGGGAUUUGGAAUUGGCAGGCAUGCCAUCAAGCAAAGCGCAAGGAAGUAUCUGGUCCUGUCCAAGGUAGGAAAAGCAGGUUGUAGAAAGUAGUACAUUUAGUUGCCCCUGAGGAUGAUGGGGUUUUUUUCUUCUUUUUUUCAGACUGGCAACGGAAGGGGAAGUAAGGUUGAUUAGUGAGACGUGAUAUUAUUGUCGGAAGCGGCAAGCAAACACUCGCAUUUAUAUAUCAGAAUACAAUAUUGAA